ACAGAGCCUCGUGGAAUUUCCAAGCCAAAAAGCAAUAUUGACUGACACGCUGGUCCUUUCCGUUCCGAAGUUUUCUUUUGCUGGGUAUUGAUUGGGUCGAAUACGUACUGCGAGUCAUGACUUCCUGGAGAAAAGGUUCACAGUGACGGGAUGGCUGAACGCCCGGCGACGCCGUCCAACGUUGAAUUGAGCCUCUUGUGCCGUGUUCGAAAGUCGCGACGAACUCAAAUACGGCCGUAUCUCCCUGGACCUUUAGACGAAGAUUCCACACCAAAACAUCCCCAGGCCCAGCCCCAACACCGAGCAGAGCUGGAUCGCAGAUUUCGAAAGCUCAAGCAGCAGUGAGAUAUUGGAGAGUAUGGUGCGCUGCUGUUUUCGUCCAAGUAUG